UACCCUACCGCUUCAAGAAAUCCGUUAACCGCAUCAAAGUCGUAUAUGAAAGAAAACUCCCCAUCUCACCUGUGAAAUCCAAAGACGUUAACGUAGUGUAGCUGCAGAGAAAGAGAAGGCAUUGCUUGAAAGGAUGUCAGUUUUGGAGGAAAGCCCAGAUUCGCCAUUGAAGAAGAGGCCGCCGGCGCCGAGGUGGUCGGACAUUUGGCUCAAAAACACAAAGCCAUUGAAGCAUGUGGUGCUCGCUAUGCAGCUUCAGUCUUUAGCUUCAAAAGACCCCAAAUCCCAAACCCUCAUCCCCCAUUUCGCUAACAUCGACCGGACCCUUCUCUUAUCCGACGAGCUCCUCUUGACAAUCCUCUCGAAGCUACCCCUUUCGCAACGGAAAUCCAACUCUCUCGUCUGCAGACGCUGGCUCAAUCUCCAAGGCCGCUUGGUUCGGUCCUUGAAGAUCCUGGAUUGGAACUUCCUCGUAUCAUGUCGGUUCAUCACAAGGUUCCCCAACUUAGCACACGUGGAUUUGCUUAAUGGUUGUUUGUUUUUGCCCCGGAAUUCUGAGAUUCUGCUAACCCAUCGGAUGGUUUCGACCCAAAUGAGUUCUGGGUUCUGCUCAAAUUUAGAUCUUUUGGAAGAAAAUCUAUUGCCUGUUGAAGUUGUUGAUAAGGGUCUUCAAGUACUCGCCAAUGGCUGCCCAAAUCUCCGAAGACUUGUGGUAAUUAACGCCAGCGAGUUGGGGUUGUUAACGCUGGCAGAAGAAUGUUUGACACUGCAAGAGUUGGAGUUACACAAGUGUAACGACAACGUCUUACGCGGGAUUGCAGCCUGUGAGAAUUUGCAAAUCCUGAAACUUGUUGGAACCGUUGAUGGUCUUUUUAGUUCAUCGGUUUCGGACGUUGGGUUAACUAUCUUAGCUCAAGGGUGCAAGAGGCUAGUUAAGCUUGAGCUUAGUGGAUGUGAAGGGAGUUUCGAUGGGAUCAAAGCGAUUGGGCAAUGCUGCUUAAUGCUUGAAGAAUUGACCAUUUGUGAUCAUAGAAUGGAAGACGGAUGGUUAGCUGCAUUGUCUUAUUGUGAGAAUUUGAAGACUUUGAAGUUGCUGUCUUGUAAGAGGAUCGACUCAUAUCCUGGUCCAGACGAGAACUUGGGGUUUUGUCUAGUUCUCGAGCGGUUGUAUUUGCAGAGGUGUCAGCUGGGGAAUAAGAAGAGCGUGAGAGCAUUGUUUCGGGUAUGCGAGGCCGUACAGGAGGUCCUUGUUGUGGACUGCUGGGGAUUAGAUAAUUAUAUGUUCACCUUUGCAAGUGUUUGCAGGAGAGUGAAGUUCUUAUCUUUAGAAGGCUGCUCGUUACUUGCAACCGAUGGUCUGGUAGCUGUGAUUCUCUCAUGGCAGGAUCUCGAAACUCUGAUAGUGGUAUCAUGCAAGAACAUAAAGGAAAGUGACAUAUCCCCUGCACUUGCAACCCUAUUCUGUAAUCUUAAAGAGUUGCGUUGGAGGCCAGAGGCAAAAUCUUUGCUAUCGUCGAGUCUUGUAGGAAGCGGAACGAGAAAAAGAGGUGGGAAAUUUUUCAAGAGAACAUGAGAUGCGGAAUUCCUAGACAUCAUGGAUCGAAUUCUUUGAUGCCAUUGGUGAUGUACUAACAUCAAAAUAUUUUAUCAAUGGCUUCCCUUUC